AUGAAAUUUCAUCUUAUUAUACUUGGUUUAUUAUGUUUACUAUUAGUAUUGGAAGUUAGCUGUGAUAGUAAAGGUGGAACAAAAGGUGGAAGUUCAGGAACUAAAGGAAAUCCAAAUGUACCACCACCACCAAGCAAAGGUGGUCGACCACCAACAAAAGGUGGUAAUGAUGAUAGACCACGUCCACCAGUAAAAGGUCCAAGACCACCAGAAAAACGUCCUUCAACAACAACAACAACAACUACUACUACCACCGAAGAACCUGAAGAACAACAACAACAACAAGAGGAAGAACAGCCAACUAAAGGUGGAAAAGAACGGCCACCACCAUCAAAAGGUGGAAGACCACAACCACCACCAUCAAAAGGUGGACGCCCAACAACAACAACAACAUCAUCGCCACCAACUAAAGGUGGUACAAAAGGUGGAACAAAAGGUGGCGUUAAACGACCAUCAUUUUAUCGACCAGAUAUAUUGACAUUAGAAGAUCAAAUUAUGAGAGGUGUUCAACAACCAAUACGACCAUCAAUGAUUGUACCAAAAUUAGCUCCUAGAAAUAUUCCACAACCAUUAUUACCAUCAACAAUACAUUUUCCACAUUCACGAUCAAUGUCAAAUAUGAUGAUUGAAGAGAUACCACAACAAACAAGAAUUAUGCCACCAACAAUGGCAUUGCCACAACCACAACCACAAUCAUUCAUAAAUGCAUGGAAUGUACCACGAAUGCAACCACAACAACAGCAUCAAUUGUAUUUGCAAAAUAUGCGACAAUUACCAAAUAUUAUUUAUUAA